CCUUUUCAUUUCAACGCCAUGCUUUGAUCUUACAGAACCAAGCUGAAGAGAACAUUUAUGGUGCAAAGAACAUUUAUGUGCCAGAGAUUAAAGAAGAGAAGGCAAAGAUGUGGACUGCUCUAGCUAAAUACUUGCUAAGGACCAAAGUCCAUCAAGACUAUCUUCAUACUCUGCUGCAAGCACAGAAAGGCAAAAGCAUUCAUCAAAAGCAUUUCUCUCUGAGUAGGAGGCCUUGGCAACAUUCAGCUGGGACAGCACAGGCAAUUCAGACUUUCAGUGCAAGUGCAUCCAUCCAGAAAGUUGAAGCUCUGGAUAAGAACCAGUUUGUAUGUGUUCAUUGGGAAGACGGGAGUCAGAGCCUCUAUCCUUCUGUGUGGCUUCGAGACAAUUGCCAAUGCCCUGACUGCUUUUUGCACUCUGCUAAGGCACGCAAAUUACUGCUUGAAAACUUAGAUGUCAAUAUUGAGGCAAAGGAUGUCACUUCGACAGAACAAAAAAAGGUAUACAUUAUAUGGCCAGACAACCACACCAGUGAAUUUGAGACUGAAUGGUUGAAGAAGAGAUGUUUUUCUGAGCAAGCAAGAGCAAAAGUACAAGAAGAACUAUUUCCUUCAGAACGUCAGUACUGGGGUUCUGAUCUACAGCUCCCAACUAUGACCUUUGAAGAGGUUUUAUACUGUGAUGAAAGUGCAUACAAGUGGUUGGUCACCCUUAAAAAGGUGGGAAUUGUGCUGCUUAGAGGAGCUGCUAUUAAGGGAGAACUGCUUAAACUUGGACAACGGAUUGGUUUCCUUCGCCUCACAUUUUAUGGUCCUACUUGGCAAGUACAAGACAAAAUGGAUGCUAACAAUGUGGCUUACACAACUGAAAAGCUAAGUUUUCACACCGAUUAUCCUGUUCUACAACAUCCACCUGGGAUUCAAUUCCUGCACUGUAUAAAACAAACACCCACUGGAGGAGAGAGUGAAGUUGUAGAUGGCUUUCAUGUAGCAAACAAGUUUAAGGAGCAGAAUCCUCAGGCGUUCCAAAUCUUGACCUCCACCCUUGUUGAUUUCACAGACACUGGAGCAGAUUACUGUGAUUUCUCCCUACAGGCCAAGCAAAGAAUUCUAGACAUAGAUGACAAGGGUCAGGUGGUUCGUAUCAACUUUAAUAACGCAACCAGAGACACAAUAUUGGACAUUCCUGCUGAAAAAGUAAAGCCAUUUUAUGCUGCUCUCAAGGAUUUUGUUAAUUUGCUAAAUAGUGCAGAGAAUAAGUACACCUACAAGAUGAAACCAGGUGAAAUAGUGGUAUUUGACAACUGGCGUUUACUGCAUGGUCGACAGAGUUAUGAAGCAGGAACAGAAAUCUCUCGUCACCUUGAAGGAGCCUAUGCAGACUGGGAGGUGGUAAUGUCAAGACUACGAAUCCUACAGAAGAACGUUCUGAAGAGCAUGUAACCUCUGAAGGCUGGACUACUAGGGAAUUGUGCCCCAGCACAACUGGACAGAGUAGUCCAGAGUGUUUCUGGAGGAUAAUGGUCUCAUGUGUUUCCACACUACCAGCAUGAACGUCCCAGUUGACAUAGCUCUAACUACUCUACUAGAAACCUGGUUGAUCUCUGGUACAGGAUUAACUGGGCCUCUGUGGUUGACAUGAAUAUUGACAUCAGUGUUCAUAAUUAUGUGAUUUGGAAAAUGAAUUUGGCCAGCUUGUAUGGUUCAGAUAUGUUAUGAGUCAACAUGGAAUAUAGAAUGAGUUUCUGCACAUUUAUGUUUCGUGUUUAGCAUACCACAGCCCCAAAAGCCAGUUUCUUAUCAAGCAUAAAACUUAUUGAAUAUUAAGCCAU